AUGGAGCUUGUAAAUCGGGACGCUUCUCUUAAGGUGAAGGUUAUCAUUGCUCAUGUUGUUGAGAAAUACCGGUAUAUCAUAUCAUACAAAAAGGCAUGGAUUGCAAAGUGUAAGGCGGUUGAGUCACUCUAUGGAAAUUGGGAGACAUCUUACAACGAUCUUCCGCAGUGGAUACUGGUAAUGAAAACAUAUCUUCCAGGUACCAUUAUAGAAUUACAAACCCUACCUGUGAUUUCAAAUGAUGGUUCAUACUUGGGUGACCAAAGGAUAUUUCAUCGUCUGUUUUGGGCGUUUAGACCAUGUAUACGUGGCUUCGCGUAUUGUAAACCAAUUGUGCAGGUUGAUGGAACUUGGUUGUAUGGCAAGCAUGAAUCAAUAAAGAGUGCAUACAACAACCCGGAAAAUGGAUGGCAGUUUCCUCCUUCAUCACACGUCUAUUGCAUUAGACAUAUCGUGCAAAACUUCAUGCGGGAGAUUAAAGACAAGGAUCUGCGGAAAAUAGUUGUUAACAUGGGUUAUGCGUUAACAGAGGCAACGUUUAACUACUAUCGGGGGGAAAUCCGAAGAACAAACAACGACGCUUUAUCAUGGAUAGACAACAUCCCUCGCGAGAAGUGGGCAAAGGCAUUUGACGGAGGGCAAUGCUGGGGUCACAUGACAACUAACCUAGCAGAAGCAAUGAAUGCGGUGUUGAAAGAAACCCGAAACCUUCCAAUCACUGCAUUGGUCAAAUCUACGUACUAUCGUUUAGGAUCACUAUUUGGUAGAAGAGGCCAUUAG